AUGCAAUUUGUCAGAGAGAAUCUUCAUAUUCCCGUUCUAAAGGUCCUAAGAUAUUGCUCGAGGGCGUCUGAGAGUAAGCUCGGGGCGGAAUACAUCGUGAUGGUGAAAGCCCCUGGAGUGGAACUUGGUCAAAUAUGGGAUAAGCUCAAGGCCUGCGACAAGCUAUCCAUUGUGAAGCAAAUUGCCGCUAUCACCUGCACGCUUGCUCGAUCCCGGCUUCAAUGCCAUGGGGCACUACUUUCUCAAAAUACGCCCUCAUAUCAUGCCCAGCAAAAACGACGAACCCUCUGCCACCACCCUUCCCUGCUAGAGUACGAGGGGCCGGGGUUGGAUGGUUUUGUUCAACCUGCUCUCCCCGAGACUUUCGAGUCACUUGAUCCUCAAGCCAAAAAGGCCGCAAAGGCUUUGUUUCUUUUCCAGUCAUUAUGGCUUUCCUAUGAGAUUGAGUUGCAGAGAGCUGUACCCGAGUUAUUGCAUACCUUUAGUCAUAGAGAAACAUUACCGGGCCAAAUUCUAGGGGCAAUAGGGUCCAUCUAUGAUGAUGGGGAGCCGUACGUGCAGAGCCUACUUGCGGAUAUUACCGAAGAGCACGUCUGGAACCAGGUUGUAGGAGCGGAUGAGAACGGCAAUCCGAGUGUCUUAUGUCCCUUGAAAUAUUCAGAGCGGGACAUGGCAAAGCAGAAAACAGAGUAUGUCAAAUGGGCAAAGGAUGUUGAAAGGAAGACGAGAAUUCUUGAUGUGAUAGGUGCCCAUACGGGCUGCAAUGGGGCAGUCUCUCCUCGAGAUUACGACGAAGUAGCCCGAAGACUGGCUGCGGCAAAGCAGAGAUUUCUCGUUCAACCGCUUGCUUAUACUCGUCGAAGAAAGAAGUACAAUGCCUUGGUUUCAUGUAGUAGUUGA